CUCGAGCGCCACCACCGCUUGAUGGCUCGUGUUGUUAGUAAAGAGAAGGGUCCGGGCAGGUCCGUGGGACGGUGCGCGCUGGCUGGCAUUCCGGUGCCCCAAUCAGGAGUAACCUCGUCGGGUGUCUGCGGACACUAUUGGCUGGUGGGAAAAGAUGCUGUGCGCAAAACCAACCCCGCUCCCCCUCACUCGCUUUACAGGAGUGGAGCAGAGAGGAUCAUCCGCUUUCCUUGCUGCUCAGCCGCACUGAUUAUAGAGCGAGAGAGAAAAAGCGAGAGAGAAAGUUCAAUUUGUCGUUUAUUUACAUGUUGGCAAACCGUGUUCAAGUUUAGGAUUUUAGGCGAAUGGUGCUUUCUGGAGUUAUGCAUUCGUGAAGGAACGUUUUGACAUUUUUAUGGCACUUAGUUGGGACUUGAUACGUGUGAGGAUUCCAUCUGUGGGUGAGGAUUGUAAUUAUGGUCUACAUGUCUUGCCUCCCUCUGCCUGCUGAGAUGUUGGCGCUUCGGCCAAAAUUCACAAACCUGGACUGAAUAUAUAAAAUUUUUUUGCUGAAAGAAGAGAGGAUCAAAUGGCCGUGAUUCUCACGACUCAAAUACAGGAAUGCUUUCCGGUUGACACGACGACGCAAAGAGCGAAAGAAGGAAUAGCUGAUUUGGGUUUGGGUAGCAGCCGUAGUUUUAUUUUCAUUAUUGCAGCUUUUGAUUCUGCCUUAUUCCUGCGAACCGAAGCUGGGAUGGGAAAUGCUUAGUUCGAGUAAGAAAUCGGAGUAAUACCCACGACAUAUAUCCAAGUGCACUUGAGAGAGGAAGAGUGAGAGGAGUGGAAAUGAUUUUAUUAUUCCCGCUCCUUCUCUCGGUCUUGCUGGAUGGAGCCGUGUGCCAGCUGCGCUUCUCUCUUCCGGAGGAGCAGGAACACGGGACCGUCAUUGGGAAUAUCGCGGAGGAUUUGGGGUUGGACAUCACCAAACUUUCCGCCCGCCGCUUCCAGACUGUGCCCAGCUCGCGGAACCCUUACUUGGAUGUGAACCUGGAGAACGGGAAUCUUUAUGUUAAGGAGAAAAUAGACCGGGAGGAGAUAUGCAGGCAGACAGUACCGUGCAACCUGCACCUCGAGGUGUUUCUGGAGAACCCGCUCGAGCUUUUCCGCGUGGAGAUCGAGGUGAUGGAUAUCAACGACAAUCCCCCCACUUUCCCUGAGACAGACAUCACUGUGGAGAUAACGGAAAGUGCCACCCCAGGUACCCGGUUCCCGGUGGAGAAUGCUUUCGACCCGGACGUCGGGACUAACGCGCUCAGCACCUACGCCAUAACGAACAAUAACUAUUUUUACCUGGAUGUUCAGACACAGAGCGACGGGAACAAGUUUGCGGAGUUAGUGCUGGAAAAACCGUUAGACCGGGAGCAGCAGGCAGUGCAUCGGUACGUGCUCACGGCAGUAGACGGAGGCGUGCCACAACGAACGGGCACCGCGCUCCUGGUCGUCAAAGUCCUGGAUUCCAACGAUAACGCACCCAUCUUCGACCAGUCGGUGUACACUGUGAGCCUACGGGAGAAUUCACCAGUGGGCACUUUGGUUAUUCAGCUGAACGCCACUGAUAUAGAUGAAGGGCAGAACGGAGAGAUAGUGUAUUCAUUCAGUAACCACAACCCGGCGCGGGUAAAGGAUCUUUUUAAAAUCGAUGCCAGGACGGGGAGAAUAGAGGUGGCUGGGGAAGUGGACUAUGAGGAGAGUAGUACACACCAGAUAUAUGUCCAGGCUAAAGACCUGGGAGCAAACGCCGUGCCCGCGCACUGCAAAGUCAUGGUCAAACUGGUCGACGUUAACGACAACACACCGGAGAUCAGUUUCAGCACGGUGACCGAGUCUGUGAGCGAGCAGGACGCCCCGGGCACCGUCAUAGCCCUCUUCAGCGUCACCGACCGGGACUCGGGCGACAACGGGCUGGUAAGCUGCGAGAUUUUGGGUGACGUUCCUUUCAAACUCAAAUCUUCAUUUAAAAACUACUACACCAUAGUAACGGAUGGAAUAUUAGACAGAGAAAACACAGACUCGUACACAAUCACCGUUGUAGCCAAAGACCAGGGGCUCCCCUCCCUCGCCACGAGCAAAUCCAUCAAGGUACAUGUUUCCGACGAGAACGAUAAUGCACCCCGCUUCACGCAGCCAGUUUACGAUGUGUAUGUGACGGAGAAUAAUGUACCAGGUGCUUUUAUUCACGCGGUGAGCGCCGUGGACCCUGACGUUGGUCCGAACGCCCUCAUUACCUACUCCAUAUUGGAGUGUGACAUCCAGGGCAUGUCCGUCGACACCUAUGUGUCAAUCAACCAGGACACUGGUUACCUUUAUGCACUGCGUUCAUUCGACUAUGAACAGUUGAAAGAGUUUAGCUUUAUGGUGCAGGCCAAAGACUCCGGGAGCCCGGAGCUCUCCUCCAACAGCACCGUUAAUGUCAUUAUUGUGGACCAGAAUGACAACGCGCCGUCAGUGAUAGCCCCUAUCGGUAAGAACGGCACCGCCAAAGAACACCUGCCACGCACCGCCGAGCCGGGCUACCUGGUCACGCGUAUUGUCGCCAUGGACGCAGAUGAUGGCGAGAACGCACGGCUCUCCUACAGCAUUCUGCGUGGCAACGAGAUGGGCAUGUUCCGCAUGGAUUGGCGGACGGGGGAGCUGCGCACAGCCCGCCGCGUCUUCACCAAGCGCGACCCACAGGGCUCCUACGACCUGCUGAUUGAGGUGAGGGACCACGGCCAGCCGCCACUCUCCUCCUCGGCUAGCGUGAGUGUGAUCCUGGUGGAUAGUGUGAUAGAUGGACGGAGUGGAGACCGAGGAGGAUCUUCCUCCAAGUCCAAAGAGACCUCUCUGGAUCUCACCCUCAUCCUCAUCAUCGCCUUGGGUGCCGUCUCCUUCAUCUUCCUCCUGGCUAUGAUCGUGCUGGCUGUGCGCUGCCAGAAAGACAAGAAGCUGGACCUGUACACGUGCCUCAUGGCGGGGGAGUGUUGCCUGUGCUGCAGCCCGUGUUGCUCGCGCCAGGCGCACGGCAGGAAACAGAAGAAACUCAGCAAGUCGGACAUCAUGCUGGUCCAGAGUACCAACGUCUCCACCGGUGUGGGCGCUGUGGGCCAGGUGCCUGUGGAGGAGUCGGGUGUCAGCGGCGUCGGGAUGGGAGGUGGGUUUGGUUCCCAUCAUCAGAACCAGAACUCCUACUGCUACCAGGUGUGUCUGACACCGGAGAGCGCUAAAACGGACCUGAUGUUCCUCAAACCAUGCAGCCCCUCGCGCAGCACCGACACGGACCACACCAACCCCUGCGGGGCCAUAGUGGCCGGGUACAGCGACCAGCAACCGGACAUCUUAUCGAACGGGAGCAUCCUCUCCAAUGAGAACAAACACCAGCGAACAGAGCUCAGUUACCUUGUGGACAGACCAAGGAGAGUGAACAGUUCUGCGUUCCAAGAGGCGGACAUCGUGAGUUCUAAAGACAGCGGUCAUGGGGACAGCGAGCAGGGAGACAGUGAUCACGACGCCACCAACCGGGGUCAUGCCGGUACAGAUCUCUUCUCUAACUGUACAGAGGAGUGUAAGGCCCUGGGUCACUCCGACCGCUGCUGGAUGCCAGCCUUCGUCGCUGGCGACGGUCGCCAGGGCACCGGUGGCGAUUACCGUAGCAACCUGCACGUGCCAGGCAUGGACUCCGUGCCGAACACUGAGGUACCCGCCACCGCCGCGUCCGGUCACCACGACAACGACCUUACGCUGACUUCUGACCUCACGACCUCUGAUAGGUCAUUCUCUACGUUCGGAAAAGAUGGCGGCGGAUGCACCACACUGCCACGGUCAAUGCACCACCACCACCACCUCCACCACCACCACCUCCACCAGUCACAUCAGCUGCAUGUCCAACACAACAGCCCAGCUAGAGCUACAGCCACUACUACUACAGACACCACGCUAGAGAGGAAAGACUAUGAGUCCUUAAGGGGUACACUACCGCUACCGUACAAACCCACCUUCUCCCACAAAAGGAUUUGCUAGCUCGUUCCGAGUGGACCUACCAGAGACAGCGUGAAUUUGCACAAUAGAGAACUGGCCAACAGUGCGACAACGUUAGUGAAAGAGAAAGAGAAAGAGAGAGAGAAAACAACCAAACACAAAGAAAUCUGUGACAACAAGACCAUGGGCUUGUUUUGAAACUUCAUUAUCUGGUUCUGGCCAGCUAGAACAGAACCUUUCAUCUCCAUCACCACGGGAGACAGCAGGACAAAGUACUGGAGAAAGAACUCUAGAACUGCAGAUGUAGAACAGAAGAACUCUAGAACUGGAGCUGUGGAAGUGAAGAACUCUAGAACUGGAGCUGUGGAAGUGAAGAACUCUAGAACUAGAACUGUAGAACAGAAGAACUCUAGAACUGGAGCUAUGGAACUGAAGAACUCUAGAACUAGAAUUGUAGUACAGAAGAACUCUAGAUCUAGAACUGUAGAACAGAAGAACUCUAGAACUGGAACUGUAGAACAGAAGAACUCUAGAACUGGAACUGUAGAACAGAAGAACUCUAGAACUGGAACUGUAGAACAAAGGUGUAGAAGGAACUUCCAGGACCAUAGUUGGCCUUAAUUUCAUCUCAGCAGGCCUGAGACCCCGGGCCCAAAGCCAAAGGACGAACGAUGGAAGAAAACGACUGUGUUUAAGAAAGGGAUGCAGGGAGGACGUAUCAAUUGGACUUAUAAACCAAGGAUUACAAAAAUAGACAAUAGACAAAGAGGAAUCAAAGAAAGACUGAUGAACAACACAAACAGACGUUUUGUUGUCGGUGACUAGGGGGGUUCGUGGCCAUGGGGUACGCCCCCCCCCCCCCUCUAGUCCAUCUGUGUGUGCCUGUUUACACAAAAAAGUAAUGUUUCUGUACAAACUUCAACCAACCAUCACUAUGAGCCCUUUAGCUGUUUCUACUGUCACCACUACACCAACUGUACAGGAAUGAAGGAUGAGAGGGGGAGAGAGAAAUGGAGGGAUAGAGAUGGAGUGUGAGAGAGUGAGAGAGACAGACAGAGAGAGAGUGAGAG